AGUGUUUAUAUAAUUAACUUUAAUAACCAUAUAUAGCUCGAAUACCAAACCGUUUGCGGAGAAACGAAUAAACGUCGAUAGAUUAAAUAGUUUAUUUGAUGAAAAUUUGGAAUGUCAGCUCGGUCAUAUCGGAUUCUCAUUUAGCCAGGUACGUCAUUCCGUUUAUUAGAUAUAUCUACAUGUAUAUAUAUAUAUUUUUGUCAGCGGAUGUAUAAAAAAGAAUACGAAUAUACUGUAUAUACAGUAUAUAUAAAUGUAUAUAUUGUAUUUUGAGAUAUUCAAUUCUUCUUCUUGUUUCCUUUCAAUUUUCUAUUUUGCUUAAACGUCUAUACUGUAUAUCAACUUAAAAUAAAAAAAUAGAGAAAUAUAGUUUUCCAUAUAGAAAACUUUAAAAGAAACAUCACAAACACUAAGCAAGUAUAUGUACUAUUAUUCUAAAUAAGGUUAUAAGAAACAAACAAAGAAAAGGGAAGAAGGUAAAGUUAAGCAUGCGUUAAUAGUUUCUUUUUAUAUUCUAUUUUUAUAUUCAUAUUUGUAUUGAAAAUACUUCUCUGUUUUUCUCUUUAUCUAUUUAUCUGUUUUUUAUUAUCAUUCUACUUAUUUCCUUUAUAAUAGGGAAAAUUCAGAUUUUUUAUUAAUUUAACUAACUUCUACUUAUAUAGACAGCUUACUGCAUACAAUAUGCAUCUAAGCUAUAUACUUAUAUAUUUUUUUAUCUUGAAACUUUCCUUUUGUCAAUGUCUUGUUUAAUUCAAAUCAAGAUGAAACAUUAAAGAAAUCGACUCAUUUUAUUAAUAUACAAUCAAAUUGGUAUCCCUUAUCAUAGUAAUUUGUUUUCUAUUUUAAAUUAUUAGAAAAGUGGUCGAUCUAUGAGUCAUUCGGCAUCAACUGGAGAUGAUUCAACAGCCUCUGAUAGUCCCGAUUUGGAGAUGGUGGAAGCUCCGAAGACUGUCUCUAUGGUUACGGGAGAUGAACUAGAUAUUCGUUCCUGUGUCCAAUUACUUUUGGAUUUAUUUACUCAGUUUGUUUCUCCAUCACCGGAGAUAGCCACACCUCCAGCUCUUCUAUGUCAAGUUAUGCGAUCGAUGGUUGCUGUUACGGACGUUUUAGAUCAAGCACCCCAUUAUGAAUGGUUAUUGCAUAAUUUAUUACAAGUUGAUAAAUUAAGACCAGUUGAUGAUGAGCUUGUUAGGCAAUAUUUAGCAAUUGGAGCUUGUAAAGCUGCCUGUUUUUCGGGACAGUUUGAAAUGAGACAAGAAAAACUGAUAUCUCUUAUUGAUAAUGGUCUACAAUCGAGUCAUGUUCCAAGUAGAGCUGCAGCUCUUCACGCCUCUGUUUUUCUAUUACAAUCUGCCCCCAACAACAGCGCUGCUAUCGAUAAGACGUACGAAGAUAAAACGGCCUUGGGUCUAUACUUAUGUCUUAUAAAUGGCUUUGAACGUCUUAUUUUAUCCGGUUGCUUAUCAACUAGUCAGAUUACUGCUGUUGUCAAGUUAUCCAUAAACAAACUUCUAAUGCAAAAUGUUCAAAGAAGUUUGCACGCGGUAAGACUAUUAUUAGCAUGUAUGCAUUUCGGUACGAGAGGAGCGGAAUCAUCAAUUACGGAAAUAGAUGUAGAAAUGUCUAUUGUAACUAUGGAACGUAUUACAGUAAUAUUUGACAGAAUCCGUAAAAGCGCUUUUGCAGAGGCUAAAGUUCUUUGCAGAAUUCUACCAAGAUUAUUAAUCGAAUUCUGUUCGCCAGAUGACGUUAUGAAUAAGGUAAUCGGUGAAUUUAUAUCCAAUCAACAACCACAUCCACAAUUAUUGGCAAAAGUUCUAUCGGAAGUAUUUAGUAAAUUGAUAAAUGAUGAAAAGGCUGACGUUGUUGUUAAUUGGUUAAUGUUAUCGUUGAGUAAUUUGGCGCAAAGAACCCCAUUAUCAAUGGCAAUUUGGAGUUUAACUGUAUGCUUCGUUAGUGCCAGCCAGAGUAAUCAAUUAAGAGCUCUGUAA